AUGUCUGAACAGUUGCAGAACCCAGUUAUCUUGGUUAACGUGCUCCUGGGCUCCAGUUUCGUAACUGCGUUGUUGACCGGUUACGCCAAAUACGACGCCAGAUACUUGAGGGAUAAGUCGGACGCUGUCAUAUUAACAACGGUGGGUUCAAUCACGGCAAUACUUGCAUUGGAUACUGUAUUAUCCGUUAAAUAUUAUCCUAAAUUUGAUAAAAAAAAAUAA